AAAGUUAAAAACAGACUUUGUUUAUCUUGCAGGUUGUUUGCUGAAAUGCUCUCCGACUAGUUAACCUACUUUCCUCCCGUCAGCGCUCUUAUUUUACUCUUCCCAGCCGGAAGCGCUGAGAAGAGUGCGAAACCCUUUUGUUAUUCCACUCCCUUAUUCUUUAGUAUCUCUACACUUUUUGUAAUUCAAUUUAUUUAUUUUUUUUGGUGUGUGUUUUCUGCAGCUGACACCGUGCAGUGUGACAAAGAGGGGCAUCAGGACUCUAGUUUAUCCCCUGCAGCACGUGCAGUCUGCCCAAAACACUUCUCCACUAAACAUCUUGUUCUGCAGACAUUUUGACUUGCUGUUUUUUGGGGGGGAUUUGUUGCAGCUGAAGCUCGACAGGAGGAGCUCACCGUGAGGAUUUUUUAAUCGAGCAUUUGGGAGAGAGAGCGCCAUGGCGACCGAAGUGGAUACGUGGACCUCCGCUCCCAAAGCCGACGGGGUGUUCUCUUUAGACGACAACCUGGCAGAGGCCGACCAUCCCUACAGCGUUGACGAUGAUCUGCUCAAUGAGGCGGAGGUGAACGGUAACUGGACGCCUCAGGAGAAAGCACUCCACGAGGCGCGACUCAAAGCCAAAGCCAAGCGCCGCCUGCGCAAGUCCUCAUCCCGCAAUUCCACCAGCGAGUCCCUCUCUGAGUCAGGAGAAUUGGCAGGAAGUGACCCAAACAGUCCAAAGGGCAAAGUCAACACCAAUGACCGCAAAUCCAGGACGGGCAAAGGCAGAGGCCUGCCAAAAAAAGGUGGGGCAGGUGGUAAAGGAGUUUGGGGGGCAGCUGGGAUGGUUUAUGAAGAUGAGGAGCCUGAUAUGCGGGACCCCAACUACGAUGAAUCUGCUCAGGGUGACACAGUUUAUGCAACAGUUGUGCCAGAGAUAGAUGAAAAGGAACUGGAAAACAUGGUCAACCCAAUUGUACAGGAAUACUUUGAGCAUGGAGACACAAGGGAGGUCCAGAUGCUGCUGAAGGAGCUCAACCUGGGCCAACACAAGUAUGAGUUCUCGUCCCUGGCCGUGUCCCUGUCCCUGGAAGGCAAGGCCAGCCACAGAGAGCUGACCUCCCGCCUGCUGUCUGAUCUGUCGGGCAAGGUGCUGUCACAAAGUGAAAUGGCCCGAGCCUUCGACAAGAUACUCAAAGAGCUGCCAGACCUCAUACUGGACACACCGGAGGCUCCACAGAUGUUAGGCCAGUUUGUAGCCAGAGCCAUAGCGGACCACGUCCUCCCCAUGUCUUUCCUGGACUGUUACAAGGGCAAAGUGGACUGUGAGCAUGCCAGAGUGGCUUUAGACCGUGCUGAAGUGCUGCUGACCAUGAAGAGGGAGAUGGUUCGUCUAGAUAAUGUGUGGGGCGUGGGCGGAGGCCAGAGACCCGUCAAACAUCUCGUCAAAGAGAUGAACCUCCUGCUCAAAGAGUACCUGAUAUCAGGAGACGUUGCAGAGGCAGAGCAUUGUCUGCGGGACCUGGAAGUCCCACACUUCCACCACGAGCUGGUCUAUGAGGCUGUAGUGAUGGUGCUGGAGUCAAAAGAAGAAGCCACUGCCAGUCGCGUGAUGAUAAAGCUGCUGCAGUCCUUCUGGAAAACAGGCCUCAUCACUGUGGAUCAGAUGAACAGAGGUUUCAAGCGUGUCUACGAUGAACUCCCUGAAAUCAGCCUUGAUGUGCCGCAUGCCCACUCCAUCAUGGAGACCUUUGUGGACCUCUGCUACCAGGAGGCUGUCAUCACCAAACAGCUGAGGGAUGCCUGCCCCUCCAGAGGACGGAAGCGUUUUGUAAGCGAAGGAGAUGGAGGGGUAAUCAAGAACUAAUCCACAAGAGGAAGAGGAAGAGCAGGAAGAGGAGGAGGAGGGGUGUCUACAUGUUCUUACACCCCGUUUCCGCUCUGGCAUGUUUUCCCCCUGAUACCGGGCAUGCUGGCAGUCUAAAGUUUCCUUGUCCCUCUCCUGAUAGUGUUGUCAUUAAACAAACCAGCAUUGACGUUCGGUGAAAGCAGACUGAAAAAGUCGCCCAGGCGUUCAGUUCCAUUCAUCUUGUUAAUCACCGUUUUUUGACUUUUUUUUUUUUUUUUUGGUAAGAAAAUUCUUUAUUUCUGGGGUUGGAUGCGCCCCUCUCGCCUCGGUCUUUGUAUCUGUUUCUCAAGAAUCAUUGGAGUCAGAGCUGCAGACAGACAGGCGGACAGGCGGGGGCGUGUGGGAGAUGAAUUUGGGUGUCUUGUCUCUUGCUUUGCUUCGGCCGUUCUUAUUUUUCUUUCCAUGUAAAGUGCUAAAAAUGGGGGGAAAAAAAGCACAUAAAAGACGGAGCAUACUGUACAGUCAGUGAGCACUUAGUAAUUUAGCUCAACGAGGAUCUAACCUUUUUUUUUUCUGCCACAAAUGAUUUGAAAUUAUUUCAAGGACGACGUGCUUUGUAACUUCUGGUUCUGAUCCUUUAUGAGAAGGUAUUUUUUUUUGUUCUUUUUUUUUUUUUUUUUUUUUUAUUGCAUUUCUGGCCUCUGAGGCCAAAUGUUCACUUUGUAAAGCAAAGCAGUCAAAGUGAGAAGCGUUUGGGCACUGUUUGGGUGGUUAUUUGAAACUCACAGUAGGGUCAGUAUACUCUGGAAGCCCUUCUCUGAGAAAUAAAUUGGAGAUAAUGUGUGUAAAAAAAAAAAAAAAAAAAAAAGUAAAAAGUACUUAAAAAAAUUAAACAAGCAAUAUUUUGAGCACUCUGACUUUGCUUGCAGUUAAGGAUUUUACAGCUCACAUGCUCGGCAAUAGAUUCUGGACAGGUUACCUUACAAUAUAAAAGCAAACCUUCUGUAUCUGGAAAUUAUUUUCAAUCUUGUUCACCUGUCUGAUAUGUCUGUGAUAUUCAUUUAUGCAUAUUUCAGGCUAUUCUGCCUCCGUUUGUAACAGUUUUACAUGUUGACAAAAGUUCAGGAUGUGGCAAUGAAGUAUAUUUCAUUCAUUAAAAAGCAACAAAAUGAAGUUUCUGUAUUUCUUUUCUUGGGUCAUGCCUGCAGUAUUGGUGGAAGAGUAAUGAGGAGAAAUUAACUCGGCAAGUGUAGAGAUGUACAUCAGUCACAUUUGUUGAUGAGUCAUCAGUUGUGAUGCUUAGAGUAUAUUUCAGCCUUGUACUUUUUGUCAGUUGAUCUCAUUUCUUAGAAGCAGUUUGAGGCCAAAGCUCAGAUUUUUUUCUUGACUCCUGACCCCAUUUAUGGUACAUCUAAGAUACCUGGCUAUGCGUCUCCAUAGCACAGCUUUACUAUGCUUACAGUGUAAAUAAGUGGUUGAGGGAAAUUAUGUUAAAUGGUUCAUAUUUGGAAGAUGGUGUAAUUUACAGGACACACUCAUCCAUGCAUGCAGCUGUCUUCUGUCAGAGAGGCUAUAAUGUUUAUGUUUUGUAUUCCUACAGUCAUCUUUGUACUGUUGAUUUAUUUUGGAUCAGCAAACUGUUGAUGACACGCUCCCCUUACACGAGAACUUCAUUUUAUAUAUUUCAAUAAAAUUACAGUAUUUCCCUC